AUGACGUUACUGGGUCGUCAAGGUGACCAAGGUCUAGGUGACCAAGGACCAAGGUCUGGCCAAGGUGACCUGGGUCUACAGCUCCACACUGCUGGGAUCUCCCUUCGUCCGACCCAAACAGCAGAGAAACAAGAGUACGACGUUAGAAACAAGAGCAGACCUCCAGUUGCAGACAGCAGAGAACGUGCGCCCACCGAGCAGACUUUCAGCAGUGUUGCGCAGCAGAACCGGCAACAUACCCGAGCUGACAGUCCCUAUGGCACCGGAGUUGACAGUCCCUAUGGCACCGGAGUUGACAGUCCCUAUGACACCGGAGCUGACAGUCCCUAUGACACCGGAGUUGACAGUCCCUAUGACACCGGAGUUGAGAGUCCCUAUGACACCGGAGUUGACAGUCCCUAUGACACCGGAGUUGACAGUCCCUAUGACACCCGAGCUGACAGUCCCUAUGACACCGGAGUUGACAGUCCCUAUGACACCGGAGUUGACAGUCCCUAUGACACCCGAGCUGACAGUCCCUAUGACACCCGAGCUGACAGUCCCUAUGACACCGGAGUUGACAGUCCCUAUGACACCGGAGUUGACAGUCCCUAUGACACCGGAGUUGACAGUCCCUAUGACACCGGAGUUGACAGUCCCUAUGACACCGGAGUUGACAGUCCCUAUGACACCGGAGUUGACAGUCGCUACGACACCCGAGCUGACAGUUCCAAGAACUCCCUGGUUGAGUUCCCAAGACAAAUCCCCCCAACACAAACCGGAGUUAUUUUCACCGGAAGACCCGCGGGGAUACACCCCCCCGAGACUCCCCAAUACACCGUGGGCGACAGUUGCGAGGCGAAUACCCAUAAAUCAUGCUGGUAUUCCCGAAGGUUGCUCCGUUUGACGAACGUGAACACUCUGGUCGAUGAAGGUGACACCAAGGAACACUCUGGUCGAUGA